GCAUGUAAAUAUAAUGAUAACCACUGCAGCCAAGAAGAGAGCCUGACGAGCCCAGUUAUGGCGAGUUGUACUACAUAAGGUACAAAGGCACAAAUCGCUGCAUUAAGGCAAAAGUGCUGUGUGGGCCCGACAAAGCCAAUGAAGUUUUCCUUGACUUUCAUGCCAGCAGUGGUGGUUCGCACUGUGGCCAGAAAAAACAAGAGAAGCAAUCUCAAAAAGAUUUUCUUGGCCUGGAAUGUCAGAGGACAUAAAUUUAUGGGUGACUCAGUGUGUGGCAUGCCAGGUCAGCAGUGUCAUCAUUAAAAAGGAGGUGGCGUACACACCGAUACAGGUCAACCAGCCAUUUGAGCUUAUUGGAAUGGAUUUAAUUGGUCCACUAAAAAUGACUUCAAAUAACAACCAGUACAUAUGUGUACUUAUUGACUACUUGACAAAAUGGCCCCAGGCAUAUCCGUUGAAGUCCAAAAGCACUGAAGAGGUAGCAAAAUGCAUUCUGAAGUUCUUUUACCAGUUUGAAGCACCGAAGCGCAUUCUAACGGACCAGGGGAAGGAGUUUGUGAAUGAAAUCAACCGAAAUGUUUGCAAAAUCCUAAACAUUCAAAGGAGUCUCUGUGCCCCAUACCACCCACAGACAAAUGGGUUGGUAGAAAGCAUGAAUGGGACCAUACAGAGAGCACUUUCCAAGUUGGUAAAUGAAAAGCCAGAGGAAUGGGACAAACAUUUGGAUCCUGUCAUGUUUGGCCUGACAACCAAGCCCCAUAUGACCACUAAGUACUCACCCUUUUUUUUUUAAUGUUUGGUAGAGAGGCGAGGUACCCUACUCAAAUCCCAGAUUAAUACAGAGUAAGUUAUUUUUAAAAACAUUGUUGGAUUAAAUACAUAAGACUUUAAAUUUCUUUUCUUGAAUUUUUUUUUUUAGAUUUUCAUAUAAUAACACAUCCCUUUUUCUACAUCUUACAGGUGGACAGCGGUGUGGAGGACAUUUUGUCUGUUGAAGAGGCAACAGAAGAAAUUCUUAAGCUGGAUGAAGUCCUUCAGAAUGCUAUUUCCAAUAGCAAAAAAACACAGUCAAAAUAUCAAAACAAAAAUAAAGGCAGACCUACUCCGAGUUUUACAGUCGGCAUGAAAGUGUGGAGGAUGAACACGAGGAGCCAGCAGAGGAAAGGGGGCAAGUUAGAUCGAAAUUACCUCGGCCCCUACACAAUUGCUGCGAUAGAUGGGAAAAGUGUGGAUCUUUUGGACAGCAAAGGUGUGACAAUACCAAAAAUUAACAUUGAUCAUUUAAUGGUGUUCACAGAGGAACAGCCAAGAAUUCCACAAAAGUUGUCUAAUGCUUCUUCUUCUGAGCCAUCCACCACCACCACAUCCACAGUCGGGCCCCCAACCACCACAUCCACCUCUGAAACAUCCACCACCACGUCAGCCUCUGAACCAUCCACCACCAUGUCCACCUCUGAAAUAUCCACCACCACGUCCACCUCUGAAACAUCCACCACCACGUCCACCUCUGAAACAUCCACCAUCACGUCAACCUAUGAACCAUCCACCACCACGUCCACCUCUAAAACAUCCACCACCACGUCAACCUAUGAACCAUCCACCACCACGUCCACCUCUGAAACAUCCACCACCACGUCCACCUCUGAAACAUCCACUACCACGUCAACCUAUGAACCAUCCACCACCACGUCCACCUCUGAAACAUCCACCAUCACGUCAACCCAUGAACCAUCCACCACCACGUCAACCCAUGAACCAUCCACCAUCACGUCAACCCAUGAACCAUCCACCACCACGUCAACCUAUGAACCAUCCACCAUCACCUCCACCUCUGAAACAUCCACCAUCACGUCCACCUCUGAAACAUCCACCAUCACGUCAACCCAUGAACCAUCCACCACCACGUCAACCCAUGAACCAUCUACCACCACGUCCACCUCUGAAACAUCCACCAUCACGUCAACCCAUGAACCAUCCACCACCACGUCCACCUCUGAAACAUCCACCAUCACGUCAACCCAUGAACCAUCCACCACCACGUCAACCUAUGAACCAUCCACCAUCACGUCCACCUCUGAAACAUCCUCCAUCACGUCCACCUCUGAAACAUCCUCCAUCACGUCCACCUCUGAAACAUCCAACACCACGUCCACCUCUGAAACAUCCACCACCACGUCAACCUAUGAACCAUCCACCAUCACGUCCACCUCUGAAACAUCCACCAUCACGUCAACCCAUGAACCAUCCACCACCACGUCCACCUCUGAAACAUCCACCUCCACGUCCACCUCUGAAACAUCCACCACCACGUCAACCCAUGAACCAUCCACCACCACGUCCACCUCUGAAACAUCCACCACCACGUCCACCUCUGAAACAUCCACUACCACGUCAACCUAUGAACCAUCCACCACCACGUCCACCUCUGAAACAUCCACCAUCACGUCAACCCAUGAACCAUCCACCAUCACGUCAACCCAUGAACCAUCCACCACCAUGUCAACCUAUGAACCAUCCACCAUCACGUCCACCUCUGAAACAUCCACCACCACGUCCACCUCUGAAACAUCCACUACCACGUCAACCUAUGAUCCAUCCACCACCACGUCCACCUCUGAAACAUCCUCCAUCACGUCCACCUCUGAAACAUCCAAC